GUCGCUAAACCAAGAUACCUAGCUUUUUGCUCGCAAAAUCUCAUCUUUGACUAUUUUGAACAUCGUGGGACUUGAAUGAAUACAUAUACUAUACAUCUCAGAAAUCCUAUUGUCAAACCUCUCAUCAGAAUGGAGCACGAACCAGUGGAGGAUAUACCCCAUUGCCAUCAUCACCACCACCAUCUGCAGUACCAUACUCAUCAUCAUCACCAUGGUCCAUCUCAUGAAGUCCCGAGGUCAAUGGGAGAGCAGAACAAGGCUCACUACAAUAAUGCUCCUCCAGCGCUAUUUCGAUGGCCUUGGAUUAUUGAGCUGUGCAAUCAAAUAUCAAAAGAGCUACGCUCCAACAUAGACUGGAUUGGUAUCAGGCCACCAUCUUCAAGACCGACAAAACUGUUAGAUUACGCCUGCGGUGAUGGCGUGGCGUCUCGGGCGCUCGCACCCUUCAUGUCUACAGUGAGAGGUAUGGACAUAGCAUCAGGAAUGGUAGAACAGUAUAACAAAAUGGCACUGAAAGCAGGCUAUACGUCGAUAAAAAUGCGAGCUAUUCAGGGUGAUCUUAUCGAUCCCGAGUUGACGCCGUCUCCGGAGACCAACACGCCAAGAUUCUUUGAUUUUGACGUGGUAGUCAUGUGCAUGGCUCUCCAUCAUAUCGAAGACCCGGAUAACAUGAUAUUACAGCUCUCAAAACGACUGAGACCUGGAGGAAUCUUACUUAUCAUUGACUGGGUUGCAAGCUCUGCGGGCAGUAGUGCUCAGACAGGAAAUCGAACGCUAGGAGCGAUUAGUAGAAUGGGGUUUCAAGAGAAUGAAGUAAGGAGUUCGUUUGAUAAAGCUGGACUUGAAGAUUGGGCGUGGAAGUUGACCUCGGCGCCGUCUCAAGUACCUAGAGAGAUUGGUGGUGAACAGCAAUUGUUUCUUGCUCGGGGAAAGAAGCCAUUUAGUUAGCACGUACAAUAAACCUGAUUUGAAUUUGUCCAGUCAUUGGAUCAAGAUAUUGACAGUUGUCAUUUCCCCACGACCACCUGGACUUCUCGCGAUGAAGGUGAUAUCAUCCAUGAGUUUCUUGAGUCGUUGCUGGAUAGUCUAGACA